UUAAGGCAAAUUUUUUACGCUGACUUUUAUUUUAUUCAUUCCUUUUGAAUCAAAAUUGCUUUAGAAACAAAAAAAAUUAAAAUGGGAAGGAAGAAAUACAUUUUUAUUUUAAUUUUGUUAAUUUGGAUUAAAAGUUUCCAAGCGAAAGAAAGCCCAAAUAAUGUUGGAUUAAAAAGCAAAACGAUGUUGGAGCAAUUUUAUGAGUACAUCCAAGGAGAAAGAGACGCCAUGGAGAAGGAAAUGGAAAAUAAGCGGUUCCAUUUGGAUAAGGUUAUCAUGAAAAUUCCGAAAAAAUCAGAUAAAACAAGAAUGAAACGUUCAAUUCAAAAGAAAGAUUACAAUGUUAAUAAGAUUAAAAAGGAAAUUGAGAAAUUAAAGGAUUUAAUAACGAUUCUAAAUGAUCAAAAAACCGUGAUUGAUGGCUUAAAUAGUGUUAAUCCUAAGUUUAAUUUAACGAUUACUCAAAAAGAAUUGAAUGACUUGAGAGGUUAUGUUAAAAAUUUGGUUGGUAAGCUUGAAAAGGAAAUUGUUGAUAGAAAAAGCGUUGAUAAAGAAAUUCUUAAUGAGUUAGAUAAUCAAAAAGAAAUUGUUGCAAUGCUUCAAAAUAAAAAAGAAAAUGAUCAAAUCAAUGAAAAAGAUGAAAUUAUAAACGACGUUUUUGAGGAGUUAAAAAAUUUGGAGACUCACCUUUCCGGUUUGAGAGAUAAAUCCAAACCCAAUGAAAAUGUAUCUGAAAAAAUGAGAAAAUCAAAUUUAGAGGAGAUAUUAGAAAAUGAGGAAAAAGAAAUGAAUCAAAAAAAUAAAGAAGAUGAUAACGUUUUGAGGAAAUCAAAACGUUCUUUGAGUUUGGAAGAGAAUUUGGUUGAAAUUCUCAAAGAUGAAUUGAAGAAUGAAGAUGAUAAUGAAGAUAUAAAUGAGGAUUUAAAUGCAAAUGAGUUAGAAUUAAACGAAAUCAAAACAAACUGA